UGGGGGGAAGUCCUGUCACAAUCAACCAGUCUGGCAUCUACAAAGGUGAAUCGCUGUCCUGUGAAAACACACAAGCAACGCUUCUCUUGGAAUAAACCAUCUGACAUCUGAUCCUUUUCAUUGUCUGUACUGUGUCUUCUGCCCUGGAAACCAUGCAAGGACUGGCGCAGACAACCAUGGCAGUGGUUCCUGGAGGAACUCAGCCCUUGGAGCCAUCUGUUAUAAAAUCACAAAGGUGGAACGAGAACAAAGAGACAUUCCUGAAGGGGGAACCCAAAGUCCUAGGGGUGGUACAAGUUAUGAUUGCUCUCAUAAACCUCAGCUUAGGAAUAAUAAUGAUGAUACCUACAUUUGUUGAACGACCCUUUUCAGUGAUCUUACUGGCCCCAAUUUGGGGACCAAUAAUGUUCAUUAUCUCCGGAUCCCUGUCAAUUGCAGCAGGAGUGAAAACGACAAAGAGCCUGGUCAUCAGCAGUCUAAGUCUGAACGCGAUCAUCUCUGUGGUGGCUGCAGCUGUAAGCAUUAUUAGUAUCAUCAGUGUCGUUGUGGGUGCAUAUUCUUCCCGUUUUUAUGCGCAUCCAAUCGUAAAUGCUUUGGAUGUUUUGAUGUUAAUUUUAAAUAUACUAGAAUUCUGCAUUGCUGUGUCCAUCUCUGCAUUUGGAUGUAAUGCUUCCUGUUGUAACUCCAGUGAGGUUCUUGUAGUGGUACCAUCAAAUCCUGCUGUGACAGUGACGGCACCCCCCAUGACACUUCAAACAUUGUUACCAUAAGGAUACCAAUGGAAAAAUGUUCCAGAAAAUCUGUAUAAGAACCACCCUGGAGAAAGAGUCUAAUUUUGAUGUGUGUGUGUGUGUGUGUGUGUGUGUGUGUGUGUGUGUGUGUGUGUGUAUGCAAGCAUUUCCCUGGGAAAUUAACACUUCAUUUCACUGGCUUUUGGGGGGGGGAGGAUAUUAGACAUACUGAAAAUAUGUAAAUCAAGCAAUUACUAGAUCAAUAAAACUUUAACAUCCUCCAUUCAUUGGAAUUACAAGGGGCAAUGCAUUAGCAAAGAAGUUUUCAAUGCAAAUUGAAAAGAAAACUUGUGUUACAGAAGUGAGGUCUGGAAAGAAUGAAGAGUGGAGUUCACAUCUUUUUUUUUUCUCCAUCUUUAUUAAAUUGGGUAUUUCUUAUUUACAUUUCAAUUGUUAUUCCCUUUCCCCGUUUCCAGGAAACAUCCCCCAACCACUCCCCUUCCCAUUCUAUAUGGGUGUUCCCCUCACCACCCUCCCCCCAUUCCCGCCCUCCCCCCCACAGUCUAGUUCACUGGGGGUUCAGUCUUAGCAGGACCCAGGGCUUCCCCUUCCACUGGUGCUCUUACUAGGAUAUUCAUUGCUACCUAUGAGGUCAGAGUCCAGGGUCAGUCCAUGUAUAGUCUUUAGGUAGUGGCUUAGUCCCUGGAAGCUCUGGUUGCUUGGCAUUGUUGUUCAUAUGGGGUCUCGAGCCCCUUCAAGCUCUUUCAGUCCUUUCUCUGAUUCCUUCAGUGGGGGUUCUAUUCUCAGUUCAGUGGUUUGCUGCUGGCAUUCACCUCUGUAUUUACUGUAUUCUGGCUGUGUCUCUCAGGAGCGAUCUACAUCCGGUUCCUGUCGGCCUGCACUUCUUUGCUUCAUCCAUCUUAUCUAAUUGGGUGGCUGUAUAUGUAUGGGCCACAGGUGGGGCAGGCUCUGAAUGGAUGUUCCUUCUGACUCUGUUUUAAUCUUUGCCUCCCUAUUCCCUGCCAAGGGUAUUCUUGUUCCCCUUUAAAGGAGGAGUGAAGAGUUCGCAUUUUGGUCAUGCUUCUUGAGUUUCAUGUGGGAGUUCACAUCUUAAUUGGGGCUUUUGCUAAAUAAGUAGAUUUAGCUGCUCAUGAUCUUGAACAGACACAUAAAGUAUGUAGGACAACAGGUGUGUUAAAGCACUAAUGGUAGCAACCAAUUUUAAUCACUUUGUGCUCAUCAUAUAAUAACAGUAGUGUAUACUUCAUUGAUAAAGAGAAAAUUACAAUAAAAGUGGCUGAAAUUAAAAUAUCUGAUUAUUGAAUACACACACAUAUUCAUAAAUCUAUACCCGUGUGUGUAUACAUAUAUAUAUAUAUAUAUAUAUAUAUAUAUAAAUUUAGUGCAUCUCUCUGUAUGUACAGAGUAUAUGUAUAGUAUGGAUAUGGAAAUUAUAGAGAAUACACAUACCUAUAUGUGUAUAUAUUGCAUAUGACCUAAAAAUCACUUAUCACUGUGGUUUGAAGCUGUAAUCUCAUCUACAGGUUCAUGUCUCUGGACGCUCAGUUCCAAGGAGAGUCAUGCUCUUUUGAGAGAUUACUGAAUCUUUCAGAUAAGAGGCCUAACUUGUGAAACUAAGUCACUUUGUUUGCUUUGAAGGUUACACUGCCUUGCAGUUGAAUGUUCACAUUACCUUUCUGGUUAAAAGCAAUAUCUAAAGACUCUGCUAUCAGCCUAAAUUACCCAAAGAGAAAUAAUUGUCAGUAGAUUCUUAGAUAAAUUAAUUAUAAGUAUGUGUCGAUGUUAAUUAUUCAUUAUAGAAUAAAUCUAGAGCUUGCAUUAA